GAAGGAGCGACAGUGCCAGUGUUAUCGUAAAAAGGGGGACCUUUAACCCAUUCCUACUAACUACUCAGCUGUGACGUGAAACUUUUGUAUACAGUUUGUGACGCAAAAUAAUCACCCUGGAGAAGCGUAAUUCUUUCGACUAUUUGGACUGUGUCGAUACAGACGAGACAGUGGAGUCUGCUAUACUAAUCAAGCCCUCAGUUGCACUGCCUGCGGUUGUGCGUGAAGGUGAAGGGAAAGAUUUGGCACACGUCUACGUCUCGACCUCAGCAUUGCCACCGCUGCGAGAGUCUCGGAAGUUAAGGAAAGUUCGUCGAGGAACUAGACUGGAAGAACAAGCCCAAGAACAGAUUUCUGAUAAAUCUGUUUCCGGAGAACCUGAAAAUAUAUGCCGGAUUCCAAGUGAAGCUAGUGUUGCGAGUGCCAGUCGUGUUGUUAUACCGCCAUUUACACUGCGGUCCUCAAAAGUUGCCCCUGAUCAGCAGAAGAGUGGAAACGAAGAAGGCACAAUGUCGGAGUUGGAGCGAAAGGAUACAACGUACGAGCUAAAGUACAGAACGGGCAGCGACCAUAACAGACGUUCAGUUACGAUGCCCGAUUACAGGCCUGCUGGUACUGGUCAAGAAGAGUUUCAACCUACUGCAACAGUGCUCCGGCAUUGGGAAAGCUCAGAAGAUCUUGGAGUGACGCUUCAUCAGCUUGCUCGUGAUGGAGACGCCAUAACUCUAAAGAGACUGAUAAAUCAGAUCAUAAAGCGUAAGAAGAAAGCCUUAAACGCCCUUGAUGAGAAUGGAAUCAGUCCAUUACAUUAUGCUGCCAGAUAUAACCAUCUCCCUGUGGUCAAGAUGCUGGUCGACAAUGGAGCAGAUGUUAACUGGAAAGGAGAAGGAGGGAUGGUCCCUCUUCAUUUUGCUUGCAAGUACAAACAUUCCAAAUAUGCUGGCUCAUUGGACGGUGAAGAUGCGCAGACAGGUGAUGUUCCAAAUGGUCAUGAUGAGACCGUUGCCAAUGGGACGGAGGAGCAGCAGGAGAGUGUUAUCCUCUACCUGGAAUCCAAAGGAGCGGACGUGAACACGAAGGACAUCUACGGCGUCACUCCGCUCCACAUGGCAGCUAUCAGAGACAACGACAUAGCGGCCAGCGAACUCCUAAGUAUCAAGACCAUACAAGUUGAUGCUUGUGAUGGGCAGAUGAUGACCCCACUUCACAUGGCCUGUACCCACGGCAGUGAUACCAUCGCGGCCAUGCUGAUCCAGAAACAUGCACAGCUCAGGGCCACUGACGAAGAGUUGGGGACCCCCUUACACGCUGCCUGCACAGAGGGACACUUGGAUAUCGUCAACCUCUUGUUUGAAGCAGGAGAAGGACAGGGGCUUCUGGAACAGAUGUUGACCGACACAAACAGUGACCGCAGCACCCCUCUUCAUCUUGCUGUAGACAGUGGAUAUUUUGAAAUUGUGGAGCUCUGUCUUUCUAAAAGUGCCAACGUGAACUGCCAUCGUGACAACAGGAGCACCCCACUCCAUGCAGCCUGUGUGGCCGGUAACCUGAAGAUUGUAGAGCUGCUGCUGCAGAAAGGAGCUCAUGUGAAUAGCGUCAAUGCAGACAGGGCCACUCCAAUACACAGGGCAUGCUCUUUCAAUAGACAUAAGAUUGUGGAGCAUCUUCUGGAAAAAGGUGCAAGAAUCGAAGCAAAGGACAAGGACAACUUCACUCCGCUCCUGAUCGCAGCCAGCUCCGGGCACAGUGCUACCAUCAAGGUCCUGCUGGGCAAGAAAGCUAACAUUGCAGCCAUAGACAAGCAUGACAAGACAGCCUUCUUCUGGGCUGCCGAGGAAAACAAGCCUGAGGCGCUCCAGGCUCUGCUGGAACAUCGGAUGGCUUCAAAAAUUCUUGAAUACAGUGAUCGCUAUGACAACACAGCGCUUCACAUUGCUGCAGAGAAUGGAUAUCUGGGAAUUGUUAGGAUUUUGUUAAACAAUGGAGCAGCCUUAGAUUGGAAGAAUGAGGAUGAGGAAACGCCAAUCCAUGUUGCAGCUGCUAAUGGUCAUACAGCGUAA